AUGGCAUUGAAGACUUCCUCUCCCUGUCACCAAGGGUUGACGCCCCCAGAUAGCCCAACGAAGGGGACAACCGCGUCUCAGGCUAUCGUGAAGGAUCUUAAGCAUCUCUUUGGUGUGUUCCUUGAAAACGUGCUCGACCUUGCCAACCAAGAACCUCCAAACACUCCUGUCUCCCAGGACCAGUCCCCGGCAGCCCCCGAUAUGAUUCGACUGAAGCAGUUGCUGGUGAAACUCACCAGCGAUGAAGGUGCUUCAGUUGGACCCUUCGUGACAACUAAUCCUGCUCAGUCUGGCCUUGCCAACAAUGAACAGGAAGAGGUUGUUCAGGCGGCAGAUGAAAUCGAUCUCUAUCGUCCAAUCUGUACUACUCCAGAUGAGUUCAAAUCGUUUGAGAAAUGGGCAUCGGCAUCCCAAUUCAAAACAGUCGUGGAAACUUGGGACAAAGAGGCAUGUAAAUACAAGAUAGCCGAGCCGACGAAGACCAGCACUGAUCUGGACGACUAUGCUGAGUAUGCAUUCGUUGUCCGUGAACGUGUCGAACGGAACUCCGAGGAGGUGACGCCGUACAUAGACAUUAAAUCGGCAGGCUUGCGCGACAUCCUGCGUGUGGUUUUGCACGGCAUCAAGGCCAUCAGCCUGAUGGAGGACAAGCCCUCGAUCGAGCAAAACGUCCUUUUCCAUUUCCUCCCAGAGCUCGACAGAUGUGCGGAGAACAUGGACAACAGCUCGGACCAUGACUCGGCACAUGCGGAGCAUCUCCGCCUGCUCAUCGACCACCUCAAGCAAGCAUAUGCUUCUAUCUCGCAGCGUCUCGAAUCAAUGUUGCAGCACGGUCAUAUUACUUAUGACCUUCUUUGGGCGCUUUGCAAGCCCGGUUGCCAUGUUUAUACCACAUGCAUUGGCACAAAAGAGCCACGAUGUGUCAGAUUCGACGCGGGGGAAGAGAUGACACAAAAUGACGAGACGUGGUGGAAUCUCGAGUGCCGAUUCAUCGAUUAUGACGGAGUCAAGUUCGGCGAGGCCGGAAUAUUUUUGCGUGUCGCAAAGUUCCGGGGUUCAAGGCCGAUCGAGAGCCUUGAGGCCUUCCCUCUCCGCUGUCAUUCAAGGCAUGAGGAAGUUCGGAAAGACUUGGUUGAAAGAGGCCAAAAGUUUCGGGAUUUGGCCGGCUCGCACAUUCGGCACUGUAACGGCAGUGCGUUCUUUAUGAACAAGGGGAAGGCGAUCAAAGUCAACGUCAACAGUCGAGUGGCAGUGGACGCCGCAUUCUUUCAUGAAAUGCAGCCAAACUACUCCCGACCGUCACUGCGCGACCGAGGGGUUAAGGAAAAGGAUGGAAUUGCAGUCAUUGACAUAGGUGCAAUGUGCAUGGAGGACCGUGAGCGGGAGAAGGAGAAAAUGCGAGGAGACGGUGUGGAUGCACAAAAGCUGAGCGAGGCUGAUUUAUUGGUCGCCUGUCCAACAGUUUGCUGUUUCAGCUUCAAGGAGAAAAUGUUCUUGGAGUGCGCAGUCAGUGCUCUUCGGGACGUAGAUUGGUCACCCGGAUCGUUCGACUGCCUGCAGAUCCCUUCAGAGACCAAGACAAUGCUCUUGUCAUUGGCGAAAACACGCUUGGGUCUGAUACCGACGGUACCGUUUGACGACGUUAUUGGUGGAAAGGGCCAAGGACUGAACAUCCUUCUGAAUGGCCCACCGGGCGUCGGAAAGACAUUCACGGUUGAGGCGACCUCGGAAUAUUUCAAGCUCCCCCUCUAUUCGAUAUCCGCAGGAGAACUUGUUGUUGACCACGGAGAUUCUCAUGCGCUUGAAGCACAGCUUGAAGUCAUCUUCAAAAUCGCGAAGCACUUUAAUGCUAUACUGCUCUUAGAUGAAGCGGACGCGUUCAUGGCAAGCCGCACAGCGCUCCAUGACAACCACAAUCGACUAGUAACCAUAUUCCUACGAAAGCUGGAAUAUUAUCAAGGAGUUCUCUUCUUGACUUCGAAUCGGGGUAUCCAAUUUGACGAUGCAAUCCUUAGCCGGAUCCACUUGACCGUCGAGUAUGAAAAUUUGACGAGAGAGUUUCGCAGAGAUCUCUGGUCAACGUUUCUGUCCAAGGCAUGUACGAUGCAAGGACCUGCCGUUGUUGAGGAACACGACCUCCGACGACUGGAGUCUUUAGCUCUAGAUGGACGAGAGAUCAAAAACAUCGCAGCAAUCGCACAUGCUCUUGCUGAAGCGGAUGGCAACCAAGUGAGCUAUAAAUUCUUGGAGUUAGCCUCGGAAUCGAAUAAGAAAUUUUCGAAGGAGUUCGGUCGACAGGGGAUGGUUGAUGGGAUGUAUCUCUAG